GAUUACGAUGACAUGUGAGAGUGGCGUCAGCAGCUUCUCUCUCUCUCUCAUCAACAUUAACGGACUGGCAGAUAAGAGGAAGAUAAGAGGAAGAAAACAAAUAGAAGAUAAGAAAAACAUGCGACUUGGCGAGAAUGUGUGGCACCAAGGAGUUACAGGCUUCUGACUGACACAGCGAGCGUUGACACUUCACUGGAUGUUUGACCAUGGCGCUAACCCCCAACAAGUGGUCAGUCAGGGUCAAGCAUGAGUGACACGGGUCGAACAGAUCCCCCCCAGUACCAAUACCAGUCGUCCCCACCCCCGCAACAGUCUACGCCGCCUUACUAUGGUGCUUACCCCCAGCAGUACCCUCAACAGUACCCACAGCAGUACCCACAGCAGUACCCACAGCAGUACCCUCAGCAGUAUCCCCAGCAGUACCCCCAGCAGUACCCACAGCAGUACCCACAACAGUAUCCACAGCAGUACCAUCAUCAGUAUCCCCAGCAGCAAAGCUACCAGACUAAUGUUGUGUAUUACAUACCUGAGCGGGAGGACCAGCCGGUCCGCAUGCAACAGACUGCGGAAAAAGAAACAGGAUGCUGCGAUAUGACUCCCCAGCCAGAGUUUUACGACAAAGAAAUCAGACAAGGUUUCAUCCGGAAGGUAUUCGCCAUCCUGUUCCUUCAGCUUCUUGUCACCUGCGGCAUAGUGGCCUGCUUCAUGUUUAUACCGAACAUUAAGGAUGCCAUCAUACGGUACAUCUGGAUCUUCUACCUGAGUCUAUUAGCGCAGAUCAUUGUGCUGCUGGUCCUUUUGUGCUGUGAAGGUGUUGCCAGACAGCAUCCGAUCAACAUCGUCCUGCUCUUUGUUUACACUGCGCUGCAAGGUAUUCUGCUGGGAGUAAUCACUGUGAGGUAUACUAACGGAGAGAUUCUUCUGGCACUAGGAAUCACAGUGGUAGUAACUUUGUCCAUUACUGCAUUUGCACUUCAGACAAAGUGGGACUUCACAGUCAUGUUUGGCGCACUAAUAAUCUUCACCAUUGUGAUGUUGGUGGCCGGCAUCAUGAUGCUCAUCUUAGGAAGGACAUGGAUUGUUGCCAUCGUCUAUUCAAGUCUGGGAGCACUGCUGUUUUGCUUGUGGCUGUUGUUCGAUGUUCAGAGCUUGAUGGCAGGCAGGCAAUACCAGCUUUCCCCCGAGGAUUAUGUGCCGGCCGCCCUCUUCAUCUACAUCGAUGUUAUCGCCAUUUUUACCUACAUUCUUGAGAUCAUCAAGUUGGUUAAUAAUUAAUAACACCGUGCCCGUGCUCCUCAACACCAGUGUGGUGUCACCUGCACAAAGUGUCUGUUCACACUACAGAAAUCACGAGAAUGAAAGAUUUGACUCACACCCCAGUCAGUCACAGUACAGUGCGCAGGGACAGAGACAGGUGCCUGUUAGAUGACCGACGUGUGGAUGUUGAUUCUUGUUUGUUUACAACAUGCAGUGGCCAACAGCGCGUUUAUUGACAUCAGCCAAGCUCAUUGUCGCUUAAUGUCAAAUCCAGCACGAAGUAGUAGUUUAUUCUUUCGAUUCUUGUAUUUAGAAAUCUGUCAUUAAAAGCAUUUUUAAUGAAAAUUA